AUGCGCAUGCUCGCAAACCUCCGCAACGUCUCACGCGCGUCGUCCGUGUCGGCACACUUUCGGCGGCACGCCUCCACCGGCACUCGGAAGCACAAGAUCGUCGUCGUCGGCGGUGGGGCAGGAGGUCUCUCCAGCGCCGCAAUGCUCCUCCGGAAGGGCGGUCUGUCGGCAGACGUUGCUGUGGUGGAGCCGUCCAGCAGCCAUUUUUACCAGCCUUUGUGGACGCUUGUCGGAGGCGGCAUCAAAGAGGCGGAGGAGUCUCGCCGGGACAUGGCCAGCGUCAUGCCGAAGGAUGCGACAUGGAUCCAAUCGGCCGCAAAGACUAUCGAUCCCGACGAGCAGGCCGUCAUCCUCGAGUCCGGCGACAAGGUCUUCUACGACUACCUGCUCGUGGCCGCCGGCAUCAAGGUGAACUUUGACUCGAUCGCAGGCCUCAAGGAGACCAUCGGCAAGAACGGUGUCUCUUCGAUCUACGACUUCAACUACUGCACCGAUGCGUGGAAGGAUGUGGAGGCGCUCAAGAGCGGCACGGCUCUCUUCACGAUGCCGAGCACCGCAGUGAAGUGCGGCGGCGCGCCACAGAAGAUCAUGUGGGUGGCGGAGGACUACUGGCGCCACCAAGCAAAGGUGCGCGACAACAUCCACAUCGAGUUCAUGGCGGGCACCGGCGCUAUCUUUGCGGUGCCAAAGUAUGCGGCAGCGCUCGAGGGCAUCCGAAAGGAGCGCGGCGUCGAGACGUCCUUCAAGCACGAGCUAAUCAAGGUGGACGGGCCGAACAAGGUGGCCACCUUCCAGACGGACGAGGGCCCGGUCGAGCGCAGCUACGACCUGCUGCACGUAGUUCCCCUCAUGGGUGCGCACGACUGGAUCAAGGGGUCGAAGAUUGCCGACCCCGACACUGGGUACGUGACCGUCGACAAGGACACGCUGCAGCACACCGCCUACCCAAACGUCUUUGCGAUCGGCGACUGCUCCAACACGCCCAACUCCAAGACGGCCGCCGCCGCGCCCGUUGUGGUGCACAAUAUGCGCCGUGUGAUGGCGGGGAAGGCGCCCAAUGCGACCUACGACGGGUAUGCAUCGUGCCCCAUCGUGACGGGUCGGGGCAAGCUGAUCCUUGCCGAGUUCAAGUACGGGAACGAGCUCGCCGAGUCGCAGAGCUGGUACCUGGACCAGGGCAAGGAACAGCUCCCCUUCUUCUACUUGAAGAAGUACGUGUUUCCGAACUUUAUGCUGCCCGGCCGCUGGUAUGGCACGCGCACCAUUUUCGAGCCCUCCUUCCCCGACCCCGCCUGA